AUGAGACUUCUAUCCGCCACUCUUUUGGCGGGAGCUGCUUCGGCGGCUUCUCCAUCCCUCCAGCAGGUCCUCGGAGCUCACAGGGAAUAUGCGGAGAACGUCGCCCAGAAGGGCGCGGAGACGGUCUCCAAGCCUCUGCAGCAACUCCAGGACCAGUUCAAGUCUCUCUCUGGUGAGGCUCGGCAGCUUUGGGAGGAAGUUUCCAACUACUUCCCCGACGCUAUGGACAGCGCUCCCCUGCUUUCCCUGCCUAAGAAGCACACCCGUCGUCCUGACUCGCACUGGGACUAUCACGUCAGCGGCGCAGAUGUCCAAGGCAUCUGGGUUGAUGGUGCCGACGGCACAAAGGAGCGUGAGGUUGACGGAAAGCUGGAAGCUUACAACCUUCGCGCUAAGAAGGUUGACCCCAGCGCCCUCGGCAUUGAUCCCGGUGUCAAGCAGUACAGUGGCUACCUAGAUGACAACGAGGAUGACAAGCAUCUGUUCUAUUGGUUCUUUGAGUCUCGCAAUGAUCCCAAGAACGACCCCGUCGUCCUGUGGCUGAAUGGCGGCCCUGGCUGUUCGUCCCUCACCGGACUGUUCAUGGAGCUUGGACCCAGCUCCAUUGACGCUAAGAUCAAGCCUGUCUACAAUGAUUUCUCGUGGAACAACAAUGCUUCUGUGAUCUUCCUGGAUCAGCCCGUCAACGUCGGCUAUUCCUACAGCGGCUCCUCCGUCAGCAGUACCACUGCUGCUGCCAAGGAUGUCUACGCCCUUCUGACCCUGUUCUUCAAGCAAUUCCCCGAGUACGCUACGCAGGACUUCCACAUCGCCGGCGAAUCCUACGCUGGUCACUACAUCCCUGUCAUGGCUUCGGAGAUUCUCUCCCACAAGAAGCGCAAUAUCAACCUCAAGUCUGUUCUCAUCGGCAAUGGCCUCACCGACGGUCUCACCCAGUACGGCUACUACCGCCCCAUGGCCUGCGGUGACGGUGGCUACCCCGCUGUCUUGGAUGAGAGCACUUGCCAGUCCAUGGACAACUCCCUGUCUCGUUGCCAGAGCAUGAUCGAGUCUUGCUACAACAGCGAGAGCGCCUGGGUUUGCGUGCCCGCCUCUAUCUACUGCAACAACGCCUUGCUUGCCCCCUACCAGCGUACUGGUCAGAACGUUUACGAUGUUCGCAGCAAGUGUGAGGACGAGAGCAACCUCUGCUACAAGGGUAUGGGUUACGUCAGCGAGUACCUCAGCCAGGCUAGUGUUCGCGAGGCUGUCGGUGCUGAGGUUGACGGCUAUGACUCCUGCAACUUCGAUAUCAAUCGUAACUUCCUUUUCAACGGCGAUUGGUUCAAACCUUACCACCGUCUUGUGCCCGGUCUCCUUGAACAGAUUCCUGUCCUGAUCUACGCCGGUGAUGCCGACUUCAUCUGCAACUGGCUCGGCAACAAGGCCUGGUCUGAGGCUCUUGAGUGGCCUGGCCAGAAGGAGUUCGCCUCUGCCGAGCUUGAGGACCUCAAGAUCGUCCAAAACGAGCACAUUGGCAAGAAGAUCGGCCAAAUCAAGUCCCACGGCAACUUCACCUUCAUGCGUAUUUUCGGCGGUGGUCACAUGGUUCCCAUGGAUCAGCCCGAGUCUGGCCUCGAGUUCUUCAAUCGCUGGAUCGGUGGUGAGUGGUUCUAA